AUGGAGCUCUGCAACUUUUCUAACGUAUGGCCUUUGGCACUGUUAUUGACAUUGUUAGUUGCUAUGGGCAGCUUUUCAGAUUGUUAUGACCCUCUGGAUCCCAACGGAAAUAUUACUGUUACUUUCGACAUCCAUCGGUGGACAGAUACUGGCUAUUUGGCAAGGGUUACAAUUCAAAACCAUUAUCAGUAUCACCAUGUGGAUAAACCCGGGUGGAAAAUAGGGUGGACAUGGGCUCAGAAGGAGAUUAUCUUGUCAAUGUCUGGUGCUUUUGCCACAGAGCAAGGGAACUGCACUGAAUACAGAAUAAAUGCACACUGCUGCAAGAAAGACCCUGUGAUUGAAGAUCUCAUGCCAGAUGCCCAAUGGGAAAACAUGACAGAGGGCUGCUGCCGUGGAGGCCUUGUUUCUGCCUAUGCUAUCAAUCCUGAUAAGUCCUUUUCAUCCUUCGAAAUCACCGUUGGAAACUUGGACAGCAAUGCCUCUGAGCAAGCACCCCAAAAUCUCACUCUCUUGGCACCAGGUCCUGGUUACACUUGUGGCUUACUUAAGGAUGCUGAUCCCACAGUUUCUUCAGCUAUAGGGGGCAGGAGACAGGUUCAAGUUUUCAAAACAUGGAAAGCAACAUGCACUUACUCUACUUUCUUGGCUAACAAAGCGCCUGUUUGUUGUGUUUCACUCUCAACAUUUUACAAUCCGACCAUAACACCAUGCCGUCAGUGCAGCUGUGGAUGCAGAGAAGCUCACCAAACCGCAGUCUCAUGCAUAAGACAAGGUUUGCCAUUAUCACAGUCAGGUUUUAUGAAUAGUCUAGACCUUGUGCAAUGCACCGAUCAUAUGUGCCCAAUUCAAGUUCAUUGGCACGUGAAGAACAAUUACAUGGACCAUUGGAGAGUGAAGCUCACUGUAUCUAACUACAAUUAUAAGAGAAACUACUCAGACUGGAAUGUGGUUGUUCAGCAUCCUGGUUUCAGCCAGAAAGCAACUACAUAUAGCUUCAACAGCUCCAUGCUUCCUUCUGUAGGAUUUGCAGAUGAAGUAGCUAUAUUUUGGGGAAUAAGGUAUGUGAACGAGGAGCUGUUGAGUGCUGGUGAUUAUGAAGUGGGUUCAGUGAGCACGGAGAUACUGCUGGAGAAGGACUUGAAAACAUUCACAUAUAGAAAUGGAUGGGCAUUUCCUAGAAAAUUAUACUUCAAUGGAGAGGAAUGUGAGAUGCCUCCUCCAGACACAUUCCCAAUGCUACCAAAUGCCUCCUCAUCAAAUCCUGGACCUGCUAAUUUCUUGCUCUUGCUUAUUCUCUUUCUAAUAAAUCUGUGUCUCUAUCCCUGCAGCUGCACCUCUCUAUGGCAUAUUUUUUCAGCCAUUCCAUUGUUUGUGGCUUGGUGCUGUAUUUAA